UUAAAAAACACAAUGGCUGACGUAGCAGUUGCAAGACCUUAUACUGAUAUUAACCAGUUCGAAAAUGAUAAUUACGCCUGCAAAUUAUUUUUGGGCGGUCUAUCUCCCAACACCACAGAAGAAAGUUUAACUAACUUCUAUGCCCAAUAUGGUGAAGUAACAAAUGUUGUGGUAAAGCGUGAUCCUCAAACCCAACGUUCCAAGGGAUUCGGUUUUGUCACAUACAAGGAUUCGGCUAGCAUUGAAAGAGCUCAAAGUGUAAAACCCCAUAUGAUUGAUGGAAGAACUGUUGACUCAAAACCUGCCCUGCCACGUUCCGAAACAAACAGAAAUAAUAAUGGCGGCAAUGGUGGUGGUUAUUCCGGUGGUGGCAGUGCUGUAAGAAAAAUUUUCGUUGGUGGUCUCCGUGACAAUCAUGAUGAACAAAAUCUCCAGGAAUACUUCCAACAAUUUGGCACUGUACAAAGUGUUAAAAUUCUUUUGGACAGAACUACUGGCCGCAAACGUGGUUUCGGUUUUGUAGAAUUCGAUAGCAACGAAGCUGCCGACAAUGCCGUCUUUCAUAAAAAUCAUGUUAUUGAUAAUGUUAAUGUUGAAGUAAAAAAAUCAAACUAUAGACCAGAACAAUCAAACAGAGGUUCAUAUCAACAACAAAAUGGAUCUUAUGGAUCCUAUAAUCAAAAUAAAUCAUAUAAUAAUUAUGCACCAGCACAAUCGUAUAACAAUGGUUGGGGUGGAGCACCACAUGUUGCCCACUAUCAGCAACAACAGCCACAAGCAGUAAAUGAAGGUGGUUAUGCUGCCGCAGUACCAGCAUACGGUUUGGCCUACGAAGAACAACAACAGCCCGGUUGGAAUGGUGCCCCAGCUGAAGGACAAUUCGGUAGCUACCACAAUUCACAUGGUGGUGGACCCCAAAAGGGUUAUAAUUUGCAAAAUAAUCGGAGGAAUCCCUAUAAUGUUUAA